ACAUCGAAAAUAAUUUUCUCGCUCCCUCUCAUCGAUCGUGUACUGAGAAGUGAAAACUAAUCAAUAUUUUCUUUUCCUUUUCUUUUCAGUAUUCCCAAUAGAUGGAAAAUGAGCCUUUUCUCGCCACCCAAACAGGACCAAGCACUCAACUGGAGCCCAUCCUCCAGGGUCCAUUCGCACUUCCUCAGUCCCUGUCCGCUCCAAUCCUCUUCCCGGAAAUCGAAUUCGUUCAUGAGCAUGAACAUGAACAUGAACAUCUUCGUCCACAGACACCCAAACAGCCUCAGAGUCGGUCCUCUUUUAAUUCCGGUGGUGCCCCGGUUAUGACCCGCAUGAAGAAGCCGGGUUCUCUCCGCCGUUCCAAGACCGCUCCAGCUAUGGUCGUCCUUCAGGACGUGAAAACGGAAGAUUCCCGAGACCCCAAGCCGCAGUCCGAAUCCGGUUCUAUUGUUAGACAAUCGUUUUUCUUGCUCGCAAUUUAUCUUAUUAUUGGUGUUUGUAUAUAUGCUUUAAAUACGGAUAAUUUCUCGGGUGUGGAGACCCACCCGGUUGUUGAUGCUCUCUACUUUUGUAUAGUCACUAUGUGCACAAUUGGGUACGGCGAUAUCACUCCAUUGACGCCGAGCACGAAAUUGUUCGCUUGUGUGUUUGUCUUGGUGGGUUUUGGGUUUAUUGAUAUUUUGUUAAGUGGGCUGGUGAAUUAUGCGCUUGAUAUGCAAGAGAGCAUGAUUUUGACUGGAAUACAAAUGAGUACCAAAGCCCACCAUGGAUUUUCUGCUACAAAUUACAUUGUGGAUGUUGAGAAAGGAAGGAUGAGGAUAAGAUUGAAGGUGGGUUUGGCACUCGGUUCUGUGGUUUUGUGUAUUGGAAUAGGAACUCUGGUGCUGUGUUUUUUGGAGGAUUUGAAUUGGAUUGAUUCGGUUUACUUGUCAGUCAUGUCUGUUACAACAGUUGGGUACGGAGACAGAGCCUUCAAUACCCUAACAGGGAGGCUAUUUGCAGGGCCUUGGCUUCUGUUUUCGACACUGGCGGUGGCACGGGCAUUCCUGUAUUUGGCUGAGGCCAGGAUUGAUAAGCGGCAAAGAAGAAUUGCUAAGUGGGUGUUGGAUAGGGAAAUCACUGUUGAGGAUUUGCUUAAGGCAGAUAUCAAUAACACAGGUUUUCUCAGUAAGUCGGAAUAUGUGAUCUUCAAGCUUAAAGAGAUGGGAAAAAUUGGGGAGAAAGAUAUAUUGCAGGUCUGCAACCAGUUCAACAAACUCGACCCCAACAACUCUGGGAAGAUAACAUUGGCUGAUCUUUUGGCAAGCCGCACAUGACAGGUUGAAGAAAAUUGAUUUACUUCAUGCGAAACAAGCUCACUAUGAUUCUGGGGGAAAGGGCUCUGCUAACAUUAUCCAACUGGAGAAUCCUAAUAUGACUGGCAUGUACAUAGUAUUCAUGUGAAAGGAGGUAGUCUAUUGAAAUUAAUAUCCAGCUAGCCUUUUCAAGUGGAGCUGUGUACAUUCAUUAAGGUGCAGAGUUAACAAGUCAAAUGAUACAUGCUUCGGACUAUACUGUUCCAAGAAGAGUUAACAUGAAUCAUUGAAAGAGAAUCUGUUGGUGAGAGAGGUAGGGGACCUUUCAAUUAGUUUUAUCAUUUCUUAAUCAAAUAUUCCAGAACAACUCCUACGGAAUGUCAUAUUUGCCUCUACCCUGUUUGUCAGUUCGUCCAUAAUUUUCUGACAGAGCUUGGUGGGCUUAGUUUAUGUGCAAAAUUGUCAUAUAAUAUACCUUGAUUUUGUUGAAUACAUCAUGCAAGCGAAUCGCUUCUGUAUUGUUUAUAAAACUGUCUUAGCAACUUGUUUAGGUAUUUCCUCAUUAAUCUGUACAUGACAGAGAGCAGUGUCAGCUAUGUCAAACAAUUUGUGUUCUGCUUAUCAUAAUAGAAAAUUCUGAAUUUCAAUAGAGUA